AUGCAGAAUGAGAAAGGACAGCAGAAGAAGCGGUCUGCUGUACAGCCGGACGAGAUUAUAGCGCAUCUUCGCGUUCUCGCCGUCUUUCACAAACUCAAGCUCGACGUCCAGGCCCGCUCGCCGCACAACCCUACAGGCCUGUGGAAUGCUUUUCUAGGCUACGCAGUCGAAAAGUUUGCCUCUUGGAUUUCCAAUGUUGUCGAUAAAGACGGCUGUGGGGAUUCCGAGCUCCGGGAGGAUGAGUUCCCUACGCUGGAUGUUGCCAUGAUUUGGCAUGCGUAUAUCCUGAACCCACUCGAGUACCACAACGACUGUCAAAAGAGCCAGAAAGGUCUCUUGCGCAUCAAAUCGUUCCCCGUAACACGUCUAGCCGAAGUAAUCGACACCCUUGGUCUUGAACCACGCUUUCCAGUUCCUGAAUUUGGCACUAGUCGCGUACGCAUCGGACCUCAGUUCUCACUCGACUUGGUCGCGGCCGUGAAACGUCAAGCAUCAUUCAUUGCCCAGGUUGCUGCGGUAGGAUGGACUCAACGACCCAAGGAUAUCACCACGAUCGUGAGCAAUGCGAUCAAUCGCUAUCACUGUUUCCUGAAGAAGCUGUGGGAAAACCCCAUGGGACUUGCGGUUCCGACUCUGGAAAUUGAUCUGGCGUGGCACACCCACCAACUCAACAUCGAAGUCUACAGACAGGAUUCCAUGAUGCUGUUUGGAAGGAUCCUCCAGCAUGAUGACGAUAUCCCCAGCCCAGAGUUGAAUAGGGCGUUUAACAGAAACUCUUACGAUUGGAAGCAGAAUCUCUUCCACAUGGACUACUCUACCGGUUCAAUAUGCACCGGAUUCCGUCCCGUCCAGCUCAGCGCUCCAAAUUCACCAAAGAGAUCGAGUUGGGAUUCUCAAAAGGGCAGCCCCGAGAUAUCGUUACAGGAUCUGUACAUUGCAAUGUCUGAAAAGCGAUUAUCCGGUAAUACGGAUAGUUACAGCGCAACGUCGAGUCGCUCGUCGCUAGCACCAUCUUCCAGUAGCGGACGAGGCUCGACGUCUCCAUCACCCUCCCCCUCCUUGCUUUCUCCAAGCGGGAGCAGUGAGACGGACUCGCUACCCUCACAAGGUAACGGCGUCCUCUUCCAAACCUCGCAUAAUGACAGCACGGCGACAAUUUCCGCCCGGCCAUCGAACAAUGUGACACUGACCAAGGGAGCAUUGACCGAGUCGCCCAUGUCAUCCACCAGCGACCUUGACUCCAUCUUUGCGUACAGCCCACCCCGAGGUUGGAAUGAGGCGCGUGGUGCAUUUGAUCGUCCUCCCUCUUGUCUACGCCCCUCGUCUUCUCAAGGAAACUCGCUACAGAGGCCGUCUAGUGCCAGCAGUGCGUCGCCCACCCGCCCACCUUUGAGGAGACAUCACACGUCAAACAGUGCUGGGGCUUUAUACGUACCAGAGAUACCUAGCCCUCUGAGUCGCCCACCAGAAGUCAACCAAGACUAUUUCCAAGACGUUCCGCAGCCUUAUCAAACCGCUGGUACACCGUUGACGCUUGCGAGGCAGCUUGCUUCUGAGAGGAAAUUGGCUAAUGAUUCUGCACCGAAGCCAGCUCUCUCCUCACCUCCUACCCCACCAUCAUCCUUUAGAUACCGACCGUCUUCUAGUGGUGGAAAGACAAGCGGGAACACCGCUACGCAUUCGCCUCCAUUGGCAUCCACAUCUACUCGACCUUCGACGAGCAGCGGACACCCUACGGAAGGCACGUCCUCCAAGUCGAUUGGUGGAUCGCUUUCACGGCUGCGUUCUUUCUCUUCGCGGCCCACAACUCCAGACCCAAAGUCUGGGGCUGCAACGACCAAGUCGAAUGGGCGGCCAAUGACGGCUCCCCAACCUUCGACAAAGCAGAACAUGGGCAGUGGUGAUGACGCCUCUCGCUCACAUGGACUCUUUAGGAAAAAGUCCAAAUCUGACAAGGAAAAGUCUCCUUCCUCCAAGAAAUCCUGGUACAAACUUUGGUAA